ACAGUUCGACUUCGACGCCGUGUAUAUUUAUUUAAUAAUAAACCCUUGACCCUUCUUAAAAACUGUGCAUAUAAAGUAAAAUAAAGUUGCAACUAAUGCUUAACGAAUAAAAAAUGUGUAAUCUCAUAAUUAAUAGCUGAAACUUAAAAAGAGUUGAACGAAUGCCGUAAAUAUAAUAAUGUUUGAUUAGGUUAUACUUAGUUAAGAAGUCGUGGAUAAAGUAAAUAUAAAUAUACCAAAAUGAAACUUUACUGUCUAAGCAACGAUGCGGCCAAGCCGUGUUUUGUCCUGUCGUUUAAAGAAUUACUCAUCAUGCUGGACUGCGGUCUGUCGGCGCACUCGGUCCUCAACUUCCUACCGCUACCACCAGUGCCGAGUACACGACUCGCUUCUCUGCCCAACUACACACCACCACAUCUCAAUGAUCCUCUCCUUGAAGGGGAAUUAAAAGAAUGCUGUGGCCGUGUAUUUGUAGACAGUAUCCCAGAAUUCUGUCCUCCAUUGGACAAGGUUGUAGACUUUUCCCAACUGGAUGUUAUUCUCAUCUCCAACUACACAUGCAUGAUGGCACUGCCGUUCAUCACCGAGGACACGGGCUUCAAGGGCCAGGUGUAUGCCACCGAGCCCACCUUGCAGAUUGGCCGCUUCUACCUAGAAGAGUUGGCCGAGUGGGUUUCGGGUGGCGCGGGCGGGGCGGGCGCCGCGCGGCGCUGGAAGGAGCUGCUACACGUCUUGCCCGCGCCGCUGGCGCUGGCGGCGCGCCCGCGCUCGUGGCGCCGUCUGUUCUCAGCCGCGGCACUGUCGCGGGCUCUGGCGCGCGUGCGUGUCGUAGGCUACGACGAACGCGUCGACGUAUACGGCGCGCUUGACGCCACGGCAGUGAGCUCGGGCUUCUGCCUGGGCUCCGCCAACUGGGUGCUGAGGUCGGCACACGAGAAGGUGGCGUACGUGAGCGGGUCUUCAACACUGACGACGCACCCGCGGCCCAUCAACCAGGCGGCGCUGCGCGGCGCCGACGUGUUGGUGCUGGCGGCGCUGACGCAGACGCCGGCGCACAACCCGGACCACAUGCUGGGCGACCUGUGCGUGCACGCCACGGUGACCCUGCGCGCGGGCGGCUCGGUGCUGUGUCCCGUGUACCCGUCGGGCGUGCUGUACGACCUGCUGGAGUGCCUGUCGGCUCACCUGGACACUGCGGGUCUGGCGGGGGUGCCACUGUACGUCGUGUCGCCGGUCGCAGAUUCCUCGCUCGCCUACAGCAACAUCCUCGCUGAGUGGGUCUCGGUCGGCAAACAGGCCCGUGUGUACCUGCCCGAGGAGCCGUUCCCCCACGCGGCGCUAGUGCGCGCCGGCCGCCUCAAACACGCGCGCUCGCUGCACGACGACGCCUUCAGUGCAGACUUCCGCCAGCCAUGCGUCGUGUUCUGCGGUCACCCCAGUCUCCGCUUUGGCGCCGCCGUACACCUCGUUGAAUUGUGGGCUUCCAAUCCUGCGCAUGCCAUUAUAUUUACAGAGCCUGAUUUUCCGUACCUGGAUGCGUUGGCGCCAUUUCAGCCGCUCGCCAUGAAGGCGUUCCACUGUCCCAUCGACACCUCGCUGAACUACUCUCAAGCCAACAAGCUAGUGCGAGAGUUGCGACCCCGCGAGCUCGCUCUCCCCGAGCAGUAUGCGGCAGCCCCCGGGGGCGCCGCCCCCCGCCCACACAUCGCGGCCGACGUGCCCACCGUACUGCUGCGCCGCGGCGCCGCGCGGGCGCUCGGUGCGCGCCGCUCCAUGGCGCGCGCCACCCUCAGUGGCGCCCUGGCAGCGCGCGUGGCGCCGCGCGACGUACGCGCCGGUCUGCGCGCGGCGCCGAUACAGGCCGCGCUGCGCGUGCGCGACCGCCGCGUGUCGCUAGACGUGGCGCCGCCGGCUGCACCUGGCGCCCCGCGGGCGCAGGCGCCGCGUCUGGACUGCUCGGCGCCGGACGUGGACGCGCUGGUGCACGCCCUGGGGCGCGAGGGUCUGCCGGACGCACGGGUGGAGCGCAGCUCGGACGGUUGCAUCGUGCACCUGCCGCGGCACGACACGCUGGUGCACGUGGAGCGCCACGCCACGCACGUGUUCUGCCAGGGGGACGCGGCCGUGCGCCAGGCGCUGCGCCGCGCCAUCGCCGCCUGCCUGCCGCACGUCUGACCGCGCUCGUUUCAUUAUAUUAUACCCGAUUACUA